AUACAAGUAAAGUACAAAAUAAAAACUGUGCCUGUCGCCUAGCACUCAUUGUAAAAGGCUGCAUUUAUUUUGUUAAACUGUUAUGUGUGUGUCGGUAUAAUCAAUAAAACAACAACUUAAUGAAAAUUGCAAGUUAUUUAAAACAAUAUCAAAACGACUAAAUUUUAAAUCUAUAGCCAUUUAUUUAGGCCCUCUUUGAGUCGAAGUCAUAUUUAAUUUUAGCACGCUUAUUUUUGUAAAAAGGAGAUAGCAAUUCUCAAUAACGCUCAAUAACAACAGUUGGAAAAGGAUGGCAUAUGAUAGAUGCUAAACAUAUAAACAUUGAAGUAACAUUCAAGAGUGGAGUAUCUGUCUUGUCUUCUCCAGAAUGACAAAAUGCGUAAAUAUUUAGGAACCGUGUUCUUGCAUUUCUUAUCAAUUAACUUGAAUUAAUUUAGCGCGAGAAGUGGUUAAGCCUAUAUAGUUAGCAUGGCUGAGAACCCGAGCAGCGAUGGACUCUCUGAAGCUGAAAGGUUGAGAGAAGAUGAACUGGCUCAAGAGCUUGAACACAGUGAUUCCAAUGAAGAUGAUUCCCAAGAGAUAUCACUGGAAAUUGAAGAGAAACUGCUGAAAGAUGAACCAGAAUAUACUACAUUAGUGAACUAUGGAGAGAGUACUCAAAACACAAAUUUAGAAAGUGAAGUAAUUGAAACAUAUUCUGACAGUUCUCAAAAUGUUGAGACAAUUCAUAGGGCUGAUGAACUCGGUAAUAUAUACACAGACAACUCGGACAACUUUGUUAGUUCACAGCCAGAUGCACUGAAUGAUCAGUAUGAAUCGUACAUCAAUGAUUACUCAUUUGAGAGUUCUAAUGUAGAGCAGCAACAGGCUGACAAUGCUGAAGACAAGUAUAAGCUGGAUGAGGAGAACACAGACAGUACUAUUGUACCCAAUAUAAAUGAGUUCCAGCAAAGCGAGUCCAUGGACAACUAUGAGUCACAAAUCACUGAGGAAAUGCUGAUAAAUGAGAGGGAAAGGGAAAAGAAAAGUAAGAAGGAACUAGAGGAAGAAGAGCGGGAGAAGAUGCAAGUUCUGGUGUCAAACUUCACAGAAGAACAGUUGGACAGGUAUGAGAUGUACCGGAGGGCUGCUUUCCCAAAGGCUGCUAUAAAAAGGCUGAUGCAAACCAUUACAGGAUGUUCAGUGGGUCAGAAUGUGGUCAUUGCCAUGUCUGGGAUUGCUAAAGUAUUUGUUGGAGAAGUUGUAGAGGAAGCUCUUGAAGUAUUAGAUAAGUCUGGAGAAACAGGGCCACUUCAGCCUAAGCACCUUCGAGAGGCUCUUCGGAGGCUAAGGGUGAGGGGAGCCAUUUCAUCAAGGAAAGGUCAUAGAAGUAUGUUUAGACUCUAGCAUAAGUUAAAUAAUUUGUUACUAAUGAAUCUUGAUUUUAUUUAAUUAAUAACACUUCUGAUAACUGUGUCGUAAAAGAUCAAAAUUGUUAAUACUACUUUUUGUAUAAUAAAUAAUUUGUUUUACAUUGUAAAUAAA